AUGUGCGCGGGAAGAGCCGUCAAGGAUCCCGUGCUGGAGUCUCUAUUCCACAGCAUUCUAGGUGAGCAGGAAGAGCGCGAGGGUGGAGGUGGCGUUGUUUUGGGCUUGCCGCAGCUGGAGACCCUCGCAGAGAUGAUCGGGGUGUCGUUGGAUGAUAGCUCAAUGUACCGUCUCGCUUGGAGCUGGUCAUGCCAAACACCACUUGGCAUUACAAAGAGUGAAUUCAUGAAUGGCAUGCAACUCCUAAGCUCUUCCAUGAAGAAGGCCAAAUCCACUCUGAUGGCUCAGAGGUCGUUGAUAAAGGCUACGAGCAAAGAGUUCGAACCGUAUCUCUCUGCUAUACGGAACCACAUUGAUGCGGUAGAUGUUGAACUGCACAAUGACUCAGGUCAAUUCAGGCGGUUCUACCGCUUUAUUUUUAGGUGGGUAAGGGCACCCGAAACAACGGCGAGAAACUUAGGCGAGAUGGGAAUGAAUGUUGAUACAGCAGUAGAGCUCUGGCGUAUGUUAUUCCCUGAGUAUGGGCAAUUCUCUCAUCUGGACGAUUGGAUAACGUUCUGCACGACGAAGGAACUAUUUCGUCGCGAGGCCGUAAGCCGAGAUCUAUGGGAGCAGCUACUGGAAUUUACUGCGUUGACACGCUACGACACAUACGAUGUGAAUGAUGCAUGGCCAAGUGCCAUUGACGACUUCGUCGAGCACUUUAAGGCGACACGGGGGAAACCUAAGACGGAGGACUGA